AUGUCGCACUCUAAACGCUUGAGUGUGGUGGCGUCUGUACAUUUUUUUAUUAUCCCACAACGAUGGGUAAUGGCCAUCAUGGGAUUUCUGGCGGUGGCGAACGCAUACACAAUGCGUGUGUGUCUGAACAUAGCCAUCACACAGAUGGUCAGGCGGCAUGCACCAUCAUCGGCGUACGAAGAAGGAUCCUGUCCUGCUGAAGUUGAGGAAGCACUAUCAGAUACUUCUGAAAUCAGUGGAUACAAUUGGGAUGAAGAGACUCAGGGCAUUAUUUUGAGCGCAUUCUAUUACGGAUACAUUGUAACGCACUUACCUGGUGGAAUGUUAGCUGAGAGAUUUGGCGGGAAAUACUCCCUUGGUUUUGGAGUACUUAGUACAGCUGUUUUCACUCUACUCACACCAUGGACUGUGAAUAUAGGCGGCGCCACGGGCCUUAUUAUUUUACGAGUCUUGGAAGGACUCGGGGAGGGUACAACGUUCCCUGCUUUGAAUGCAAUGCUUGCCCGAUGGGCUCCAGUAUCUGAGAGAGGAAGAAUGGGUUCCCUUGUAUUUGGAGGAGCUCAAAUAGGAAAUAUUGCUGGAACAUAUUUAUCUGGAUUAGUCAUUAAAGAGACUGGUGACUGGGAGUCUGUAUUCUAUCUCUUCGGCAGUAUUGGAAUUUUGUGGUUCAUUUUAUGGGCUCUACUUUGUUACAACGACCCUGAAUCACAUCCGUACAUAUCUGACAAAGAGAAGAAAUACCUGGAAGAAGCGCUUGGUAGACAUCGUAAUAGCCAACCAUCAGCUAUUCCGUGGAAAGCUAUCUUUAUGUCCGUUCCGCUUUGGGCUCUUGUGUGUGCACAGAUCGGCCACGAUUACGGCUAUUUCACAAUGGUCACGGACUUACCAAAAUAUAUGACCGGCGUCCUGAAAUUCGACAUCCACAGAACGGGAACGUUGGCUGCGUUACCUUAUAUUGUGAUGUGGAUAAGCUCAAUCAUAUUCGGCUGGCUGUGUGAUAAGAUUGUUAAGAGGCAAUGGAUGACUGUCACUAAUGCUAGGAAGACUUUUACGACUAUCGCAUCUGUCGGCCCCGGUAUCUGCAUGAUCCUAGCGUCAUACUCCGGCUGUAAUACUGAGACAGUUGUCAUAUUAUUCACGGCUUCGAUGGGUCUUAUGGGAGCCUUUUAUCCAGGAAUGAAAGUGAACGCUCUCGACCUCAGCAGUAACUACGCUGGUACCAUAAUGGCUAUUGUGAAUGGCAUAGGAGCUAUUACUGGAAUAAUAGCGCCUUUCUUAGUUGGGCUGUUGACACCUGAUAGCACUCUCGUACAAUGGCGUCUAGUAUUUUGGAUCACCCUAGCGGUAUUUAUCGUUACGAAUUUAGUAUUCGUGGCAUGGGCAUCCGGCGAUGAACAAUGGUGGAACAGCACACCUCAAGAAGCGAGAAAGCAGACAGAGGCUUCAGGGUCUGUUAAUACUGAAGUUAAGACUCAGGCGUAG